GAAAGCUAUAUAGAUAUAUAUAUAUUAAGAUUUAUAUGUUUACUCUGUCUUUUUUUCUGACAAUAAAUUUUUAUUUCGCUCCUCAGAAAGAAAAAAGCUGGUCUUUUUAGCUGAGGAAUUUAAAUAUUUAAGUAUCAUACCGUUUUUAUCUUUCUUUUCGUAUUUGUUUCGGUGUUUCCGCUCCUUUCCUAUACUCCGGCUUUAACAAAACUAAUAAACGCAGCAUUUCUGUUGUUUAGCUGUGUAUAAGUUAUUAAAUCCAAUCCCUCUUUAUCCCUUCAUUGGUAAACGUGAAAAAUACCAACAACCUCACAAAAGAACUAAAGUCAACCCCAAUACAAUUUUAUCGCCAUAAAUAAGGCUCUGGGAAGAAUCUAGUAAGAUACUGUCGUCAUACGAGCAAGAGGAAUUCACCGUGUACACAGGAAUUUACUGCGUAGACCAGCGCCGUCGGGAUAAAACUCAACCGCCCUAGCAGGGUCCAAUUUGUAGCCACGAUAAUAUCAAUAGGAAAUACAAAAUCGUUGUACGUAAUCAUCUAAUGUAAUAUGAAAUUGAUAACUCUCUUGACAACAACACCUACGGUCAGGUUGUCAAAACCAUCCAUCACGCCACCAAAUCCCUGGCAACCAAUAAGAUCAUUCGAAAUCUGAGAGCAAACACACGACAGACUGAAAACGAGGCGGCCAUGGGAUGAAGCUGACGUUGUGGAGCGGAACGCGCUGUCAUGUCUUUUUCAGAAAGUCACUACCUGGAGCACUUGCAGACGAUCAGUAAAUGAAAUACACGCUAUUAUUGCCCAAAACAGCUUUACUAGGAAAAAAUCGGGGAUUAUGGGAAAUCAACAAUCAUUCAGACGAACCUAUCGCUACCACUCAUGGUGCUUAAUGACCAUCAGUAUGGAAUCAAUAAUGAUGACAUGCCUAAUCGACUGAUGUAUGCAUCCAUGGGCGCCAAACAUGUAAUAGUAUAAAAAGAAGCGUGAUUGAGGGUAUGGUGAGAGGUAAGACGGCAUUAAACGAUUGAAAAUGCAUGUGGUUAAAUAUAUUGUUAUCGAAUGAAUUAAACAUAAAAUCAAAAGAACCCUUUUUCGAAAUCAAAACAGUCGGAUAUGGAGGUGGCUAUUCCCAAACCUGGCAUAUCAUUUGCAUUAACUACUGUUGCAGUAAAGUUUACUUUUGGGCUACCUUGGUUUCCCUGAUAUUGUAAAUGUAAUUACAUGGGAGGUAUAGUAUCAUUGCACUUUAAAAAAAAAUGUAUACACAUACAAACAAUCCUUUGAUUUGAUUUGCUCUUUAUUUAUAUCUUUUUCUUCUUUAUGAUGAUUUUAUGUUAACAAUAUUAAUAACAGCGUUGAAAGAAAUUAAUCUUUAUAUCGUACUGAAACUUGACUCUCAUCUGGUCCUUUUGGUAAUCAGAGGAUGUUCACGAUCCUAAAAAAAACGAACGGUAGAUUAUUUCUUUUUAUUUAUGUCAUACAUUUAAAACCAAAAUAAUAAUUUGAUUCUUUCAUCCUCAAUCGGACUAACCUAAUGAUUCAUUCGACUCAAUAAUUGCUGAUAAAAUUACAUUGUUCUCUUUUUUCAUACUAAGGAAUUUUCUCAAUUCCCUCAAACUAUAAUUAGAUGAUACUCUCAAAAAGUGCAUGUCUCGUUCAGGGCAAGGAUUAUUUCAGGCUCAUAGGGAGGUUCUAGCGCACCAUAAAAUUCAUCGUUCUCAUAUGCUGGCACGACUAAAGACCCCAGUGUACUCAAAAACAGGAAUGUACACCGUUUGGCUUGCCAAUGCUCUUUGUGCGGCUACGUAUUGUAUCAUGAUUAAUUGGAUUUACAAAGGCUACGUGGAUUUAUGGUAUGGUGUGUACGGUAUUGAAGACGACAAAUAACACCCUAUGGGAAAUAUCUAUGCUGAUCUAAAAUGGCGGUAAAUCCUUAUAUGUAUUUGGAGUACCUAGUCGAUCUUGGUAGUGGAUUACAUGAAAUAAAA